UCAAUUCAACUCAAUUCAAAGCAAACAUAUAUCACAAAACAAUCAAAUCAAAUCAAAACAAAUUCAUACAAAUAAUUCAUAAGAUAUGGCAAACAUUAACAUGAAGUCAAUUUUGGCUAUACUCGUAAUUGUACUAGUGGUCCAAAUGAACGGCUCAGUGGCUCAAGAAAACACUUGUGCCGCCGAGCUAGGUGGGUUGAACCAAUGUGCACCUUUUGUGGUCCCCGGUGCCGCCAACACAAUGCCGAACUCUGAUUGUUGUGCCGCCCUCGGGGCCGUGACACACGACUGCCUUUGCAACACCCUUAGGGUUGCUAGUCGUCUCCCCGCCUCUUGCAACCUUCCCGUCCUCAAUUGUAGUAACUGAGCUGGAGAAGUGCUGAUCAAGAAAUAAAGUUUGAAGCUUUUGCAAUUUUCCCUUUAUUUUUUCUUUCCACUGUUUUAAAAUGAGCCCAUACCAAAACUAUUGGGCCAUUUGGUAUGCAAGUAUGUACGAAAAGAGUGAGAGAUAAAGGCACAAAUUAUAAAGUGUGCAAUUAUUACUGAAUAAAUAAAAAUCAUACUACUACUCCGUUUAUGAGAA